AUGCUGUCAACAGUGAGGGCCCUUCCCAGGGCAUGCAAGGUGAAUGCCGGCUUCAAAACCGCUCAAAGGCUUCGAGGCCUGGCUACCGUCACAGACUCCCCUCUGGACAAGAAGGUCAACCAGAAUAACUGGGAAAAGGGAAGCUACAUUAACUACAAGAAGAUGAGCGAGAACCUCAGCAUUGUCCGACGGAGGCUGAACAACAAGCCACUCACACUUGCCGAGAAGGUCAUCUAUUCGCAUCUUGACGAACCAGAGACCCAGGAAAUCGAACGUGGAAAGUCUUACUUGAAGUUGCGACCCGAUCGAGUAGCUUGCCAGGAUGCGACUGCUCAGAUGGCCAUUCUGCAGUUCAUGAGCGCCGGAAUGGAUCAGGUCCAAACUCCAUCCACUGUCCACUGUGAUCAUUUGAUCGAGGCCCAGCUUGGAGGUGCUAAGGAUUUGAGCCGUGCUGAGGAUAUUAACAAAGAGGUUUACAAUUUCUUGUCGACUGCUUGCGCAAAAUACAACAUCGGUUUCUGGAAGCCAGGUUCUGGUAUCAUUCAUCAGAUCGUUCUUGAAAACUAUGCUUUCCCAGGUGCUCUCCUCAUCGGUACUGACUCUCACACCCCCAAUGCCGGUGGUCUCGGUAUGGCUGCUAUCGGUGUCGGUGGUGCCGACGCUGUCGACGUUAUGGCUGGUCUCCCAUGGGAACUUAAGGCUCCAAAGGUUAUCGGUGUCAAGCUUACUGGCCAGCUGAGCGGCUGGACUGCUCCUAAGGACAUUAUCUUGAAGGUCGCUGGUAUCCUCACCGUCAAGGGUGGUACCGGUGCCAUCGUCGAAUACCACGGACCCGGUACUGAAUCCUUGUCUUGCACUGGUAUGGGAACUAUCUGCAACAUGGGUGCUGAAAUCGGUGCCACCACCUCCAUCUUCCCCUUCAACGACCGCAUGUACGACUACCUCAAGGCUACCAAGAGACAGGCUAUUGGUGACUUCGCCCGUGCCUACUCCCACGAACUCCGUGAAGACGAAGGUGCCGAGUACGACCAAUUGAUUGAGAUCAACCUUUCUGAGCUCGAACCCCACGUCAACGGACCAUUCACCCCAGAUCUUGCUACCCCAAUCUCCAAGCUCAAGGAUGUUGCCGUUAAGGAAGGCUGGCCCACUGAUGUCAAGGUCGCCCUCAUUGGUUCUUGCACAAACUCCUCCUACGAAGAUAUGUCCCGAUCUGCCUCCAUCAUCCAGGAUGCCCUUGACCACGGUAUCAAGGCGAAGUCUCUGUACACUGUUACACCCGGAUCCGAACAGAUCCGUGCCACCAUUGCUCGUGACGGACAGCUCCAGACCUUCGAGGAAUUCGGCGGUAUGGUCUUGGCCAACGCUUGCGGUCCAUGCAUCGGUCAAUGGGAUCGUCGUGACGUCAAGAAGGGUGAAGCCAACACCAUUGUCUCCUCCUACAACCGUAACUUCACCGGACGUAACGAUGCCAACCCUGCCACCCACGCCUUCGUCACCUCACCAGAUCUGACAACCGCCUUCGCCAUCGCUGGUGAUCUCCGAUUCAACCCCCUCACUGAUAAGCUCAAGGACAAGGAUGGCAAUGAGUUCUUGCUCAAGCCACCAACCGGUAUUGCUCUUCCAGAGCGUGGCUACGACCCUGGCCAAGAUACCUACCAGGCCCCACCAGCCGACCGCUCCACCGUCGAAGUCCAGGUCGCCCCUACCUCCGACCGUCUCCAGAAGCUUUCUCCAUUCGACGCAUGGGAUGGCAAGGAUGCCACUGAUGUUCCAAUUCUCAUCAAGUGCCAGGGCAAGACCACCACCGACCACAUCUCUAUGGCCGGUCCAUGGCUCAAGUACCGUGGCCACUUGGACAACAUCUCCAACAACAUGUUGAUCGGUGCCAUCAACGCCGAGAACGAGAAGGCCAACUCCAUCAAGAACAUCUUCACUGGUGAAUUCGAUGCCGUCCCAGCUACCGCUCGCGACUACAAGGCCAGAGGCGUCAAGUGGGCCGUCGUUGGUGACUGGAACUACGGUGAGGGUUCUUCCCGUGAGCACGCCGCUCUUGAGCCCAGACAUCUUGGUGGUCUUGCCAUCAUCACCAAGUCCUUCGCCCGUAUCCACGAGACCAACUUGAAGAAGCAGGGUAUGCUUCCUCUCACCUUUGAGAACCCAGAGGACUACGACAAGAUCAAGACCGACGACAAGCUUGACAUGGAACUCAGCAACCUCAAGGUCGGCGAGCCACUCAAGGUUACCUUCAAGUCCACCGACGGCAAGUCGUGGAGCACCAACCUCCUCCACACUUUCAACGAGGGCCAGCUCGAAUGGUUCCGAAACGGUUCUGCAUUGAACACCAUGGCCAAGAAGGCUAAGGAAGCUGCUGCUUCCGCGUAA